AUGCCUACCACCAUCCUGAUCACGGGUGGGAACCGCGGACUUGGCAAGGGACUCGUAGCCACUUACCUAUCUACUCCAAACACCACGGUGAUAGCGACGGUCCGUGACCUAUCCAAGUCCGAGUCUCUGUCUGCUCUUCCUAAGGCCUUGGGAUCCACCCUGUUUAUUGUCAAGCUUGAGAUAGCGUCUGCAGACUCUAUAGCAACCGCUAUAGACACGUUGAAGACCCACAACAUUGGUGCUAUCGACGUUGUCAUUGCAAAUGCUGGAAUCUCUGGGCCGACCAAAAGUCUGGUUGAAGCACCUGUCUCUGAGCUCCAAAAGUACAUUGAUGUGAACGCAUACGGCCCGUUCGAGCUAUUCAAAGCUGUGCUCUCUCUUCUACGCUCUUCCGGUGCAGAGAACAAGGCGAAAUUUGUCUUGAUCUCGAGCGCCGGCGGAAGUUUGACGGCUAUGUACAACUUCAUGCCUAUCUCCGCGUACGGGGCGAGCAAGGCUCUAGCUAAUUUCCUUUUCAAAUGGCUGGCGUUGGAAAAUAAGGAUGUGAUUAUUUGGGCACAAAAUCCCGGAAAUGUGGACACUGAUAUGGCUCGAGAUGGUCUCGAUCUCUCAAAGAGUUUAGGGUUGGAUCUGUCUUCAGUGUCCUUUACCCCUCCCGAAGAAAGUGCGCGUGCAAUCAAGAACGUGAUUGACGGUGCGACUGCGGAGAUGAGCGGGAAGUUCCUCGACCAUGAUGGCUCAGAGUUGACGUGGUAG